AAACAAUAUCCUUAAAGUGGUAACAUAAAGUACUGGAGCUACAUUAGAUCGCUAAGGAAUUAGACUGAGCAGAGGAACCAAGGAAUUAGGUGAAGUGGCAAGACAUACAGAAGGAAAACCAAGCCUGGGAGGUAUCCUGGAAAAUGUAUCAAGGAGGAGGAAAUGAUUAAAGUGUUAAAUGCUGCUAUUAUGUUAAAGGCAGAAAAGUAGCCAUGGAAGAUUGAGCAACAAGGAAGUUAGUAAUAACCCUGACAAGAACAGUUUUUGUAGAAUGGUGGAUUUCAAGCUUAAUUGGAGUGAGAUUGAGAGAGAAUCAGAGGAAACCCAAGAUUCUGGAACACAGCUCCCAUUAUGAAGUGGUCCUGAAGGUGGGAGUGAAAACACAGUCUCCUAUCCCACUCACCACCCUCAUCUUCCAACAGUGAGGGUAGGACAUCAAGGUACUCAUGGCACCAAGUGUUCAAGCAAUGGGGUAAUGGAGAUCCAGGACAUUUAUUUCCUCACCAGUGAAAAUUAAAUGAAGACCCAAGAGUCACUACAGCUAUAGUGAUGAGAAGGAAGUUUCAGCAGCUAGAUCGUGUUGUUUUCAGAAACUGCACAGAUAUUUUGAAGUACCAAGAUCUCUUCUCUAUAAUCUUGUUCUUCUGAGAUAUCACUGGUGCUCAAUCAUGAUCUGCAUUAUUUCCUCAAGAGGGAAAAUAAAAACCCUGGGAAAUUAAAGAAAAGAUAGAGGAGAAUAUCAAAUGGUGACAAUUUUUAUCAACCUCAUCUACACCUUAAUUUUGAGACAUCCUCUGUUUGGGAAUUAAGAGAGGUUACAAGAUAGAAGUUAGAAGCAACCAAGCACUUUUUAUUUAAAGUAUCUCUUGUCCAUGGAAUCCAGCUAAAAGACUCUAUGAAUUACUAAAACAUCCCACAAGCCAACUGCUUUCAAAAAGACUUCUAUCACUAGUAAAAGAUGGUGCCAUUAGCAUGUUAUGAUAAACACUUUGUGCCAUUAGAACACUCUUACCAACUGAACACAACCAACUCUUUAACACAUCAGUACACAGGUAAAAAGCUAAAUCAGUCUAAUAACCAACCUGUGAUCAGAGUGAAAUCCCGUAAUAAUCAGCUUGCUGAACCCACGUUACAUGCUACACAGAAGGUACAGUGGUCCUCGGUAUUGCCAUCUGCCAAGUCUGAGGACACAGUUUCGCAGGGCCUCUCUAACAGGGUUCUGAAAUCUAGGUCCCUCUCUAGGUGUCAGGCCACUCCUUCACUCCAUCAGAGAACUUCAUUGCAACAGAAGCAGAGAGCCCCGGGCUCACCGUUGUGCCACUCCAAAUCUCAGAAAACAUCUUCAUUGGACCUCAACAAAAAGGCGUCAUCAUCACUGGAGUUCAAACAAACAGUCUCAAACUCACAAUUACCAGGCUCCACAGCUCGAACUUCACCGUCCCAACACCUUUGCUGGACAUCACCUUCACUGAAGUCUAAUCAAAGAAUCACAGGUUCAUCAUCAUCUACCUUCAAACAUCAAGAAAAACCUCCCUUAGAUAACCUCUGUACAAGAUCAUCUUUGGGAUCUACUAAAAAAACCUUUAAUGCACCCUUACCUCAGUCAAAGCCUCAGAAAACAACUUCCUUGGACAGCUUUCCAGCACCCUUAAUAGAGCGCAAUCCAGCAUAUUUGAGCACAGCAUCAUUCAAAUCUAUGCCUCAAACAAAUGACUUCUUUCAGACUUCGUUUUCAUUGGAACCCAGUCAAAAGGCUUUGGGCUCACCACAACCUGACCCCAGACCUCAAAAAGUAUCUGUAUUGGGCUCUGAUUCAUGUUUUCUAAGCUUACCACUGUCCCCGUCAAAACGAAGACAGUCCUCUUUACCACAUUCUGUCCAUCAGACUCAGAGUUUGCCAUUGUUCCGACCCAAAUCUCAGUCACUGCUUACACUUGAUCGUGACCUCAGGACCCUUAGUUCAUCAGUUUGUCAUGUCAAGUUUCAGAAUACCGCUUCACCAAAUGACAAACACAGAGCCUUGUCUUCACCCCAACCCAAAACUAACAUCUCAGGUCACUCACUCUCAGGCUCCAAAUAUACCAUCAGGAACAUAGCUGCUUCAAAAUACGCCUCUAGACUCCAGAGUAAAAUCAGCUUUGAUCGCUGUGCAAAGACAGAAUCACAUAAAGAAAUUCCAUGGACUAUUGAUUAUAUGUAUCCGUGCGUUGUUAAAGGUGGAACUCUCCCUGAUGAUGUUAUAAAUAAAAUUGUCAGUUCUGUCUCCAAGACCAGAAUUCAGAAGGAUCUCUCUAGGCAGAUUGUCUUUCGAAGAAUGAGGGGAAGGCCAAAUCCUCAUCCUGGUCCCCGCCUUUCAUCAAAUUAUAUGGUUUGUUUAACUUGUGCUUCCUGCGUAACUCAAUGUCACCAUCUUACAGGAAGGAAAGAUCCUCGUGGUGCGACACUAUUUGUCAUACCAUCUCCUGAGGUCAAUUCUGAGGGGGAAAUACAGGUGAAAAUAAUUCUUAUUCUUUCUCUACCAGAGACUUCUUGCUCAUCUUGUCUUCCAUUCUCUGUGAAAGAAAAUCAGCCUGAUGAAACCCUUGAAGACAACCUUGAAGGAAUGGAGAAGAUAUCACAAUUUUUUCCUGCAUCUGAAACUGAUGUCAUUACUACGAAGAAAAAGUGGCCGACAGUAGCCCCUGAAAACAGAGAUAUAAACCAACAGUCCAAGGCUGUUGACUGGCUGCUUUAUGUUAAGAAAAGUAGUGCUUCUCCAUCAGAGUCUCUGCUCCCCUCCGCCGCCUCCUCCAAAUCUUCCUCCUCGUCGUCUUCGUCAUCAUCUUCCUCCUCCUCUUCUUCCAAAGCACCCUCCCCACCCCUUCCUCCCAAAGAGUCUACCACAUCUAACGUCUCAGGUUGUGUGUUUUCUAAGGUAAUUACUUACCACCGGUUGCCUCCAGGGGUCUCCUGGCUUGAGUUUGUAAGUAGUAAAAAUCACCAGCUACUUCCUAGAAAACCACAUCUUAGUCAAUUAUCACCUCCCAAAACAAUGCCUAAGAGGAAUAGCACCGUAGUAAGAGGGGCAAAAGGAUCAAAGAUACUGUUCAAAAUUUUCCAGGCAAAGUUUCAAAAUGAGAGAAAUUUUCAUUAAAUUAACUUCUUGGUUUCUUUGGAAAUGAUGACCUUGUAGUUCUUUGAGAAUAGGUUUUAUUUCCUAUCAUGCUUAUUGAAAUUCUGAGCAAUAACUAGUGUGAAUUUGUACUUAGCUGAUGAAACACCUAGUGAAGGAAACUAUUACUCCUAGGUCUACAUUCCAGUGAAGGAAUAGACUAUAAUUUUCUAGAAAUCAAAAGUAAAAAAACAUGUUUUCAACUAACUGUCUGGCUUAUAAUAGCCACUGUAUAAUCAUAGUUAAAUGAAUUUAUUAUAAUUGGCCAUUGAGUGCAAAUAUCUGUCUUGCUCUGAACAGUAUCUAAUUCAUUGUUAUUCUCCUUCCUUGUAAGACAUGAUGAUGGCAGUAUUCUUAAACCAAUUUAUACUAAUGUUUCCCAAUCUCUAGUGAAAAUUCAGAUUAUGUUCAACAGGUAAGAAUUUAUAUAGUGAUGCAUUCUUCCAGUUAUGCAUUCCUAGGGAAAAUUCCUCUAUGCUAGGAUCCCACACACUGAAAUCCAAGAAUUUGUUGGACCUUAGCUAGCAAAUCUAAGGAGAGAAUCACUAAAUGGUACAGAUAGCCCUACCUCAUGUAAACUGUGCCAGUAUUUAAUUAUGGGCUCUAAAGUAACUUGUUCAUCACUUCUAUCUAUACAACAAAAAAUGGGCUAAUAAAAACGUUAAAACAAUG